UUGAAAAGCCAUCAGGCCAUAUCUGUGAUCAAAAAGCGAGGGAAAUCCUAAAGGGACACGAUGAACAUGGCGUUGGGUGAAUAGCACGUACCAACAACUGAACCGUUUGACAUGCCCUCAUGAGCUUGGUGCUUGGCUCUGUACGUACACACUAGAUCCAGCCAACCAAUGCGAGAGUCUACGUAUGGCUAAGCAAACAGUUUGGCAGCAUUAUUCUGUAUGCUAUUGAGACUCACUCCGAGUCCUGAGGAGAUUGGAGAGACCAACUGCACAAGGGGCAACGGCGCAACCGUUCGUAGGCAGCGCGCGAAACGAUAUGUCACCCCCGACAAGACCAGAAGCCGACUGAAGGGGGGGACUGAUCAGGGAGCGGAGAGGGACUGAAUGCCAAAAUGUAUUCCAGGCUCUAGGGUUGAUCCAGCGAGUAAUGCUAGGGUUUGCCAAGCUAGUCUUUCUCGGAAGCUCUCCAUGAUCGUGUCUGGACCAAGUUUGGGAGACUCAAGUGCAAUUAGAAAUCAUUCCGGAGGCCAGGCUUCAGUAACUCAGUAUCUCCUCCAUAGCCAAUAUGAAUGGGUUAACGAGCAAUUUCCGUUUGGUUCUCCCCCAAUCCCCCGUGAAACCGUCUGUUCUCCAACCAGUCAUUAACAAUGGGACUCUCCUUCUGAGCAAUUCAUCUCCCAUUGCAUUGAAAUCCUUUCAAGAUGGAGAUUCCAUGCCGGAAGGAACCACAGAUAAGCCCAUCAUGGCUCGUGCCGAUUCGACAGGAGGUCGGGAGAAUAAAGCCGGUAAGAAAGUGACGUCCAAGAGAUCGGCGAAGAAUGGCUCAACGUCGUCGAAGAAUGAGCACCCCGCGUCGGUGCCUUUUGUGAAGCAUCACCAUAGUGUGAAGAAGCCUCAAACGCCGUCAGUGUCGAGAAGAAAUGCGCGAGAGAGGAACAGAGUGAAACAGGUCAACGACGGUUUCCUCACUCUCCGAAGUCACAUCCCCAAUGUGAAGGGGAAGACCAGUAAAGUGGACACGUUGCGUGCCGCCGUGGAUUACAUUCAAGCUUUAAGACGAUUGAUCGGAGAGGAUCCGAGUAUGGAUCCAGACUGUCCUGGGCCCAUCUUUACCAGCGAGAGCUUUGAGGACUACAAGUCCAUGAACGACUCCGGGAUGAGCUCGCCACCGCGAUCACCAAGGUCGGGAUCAUCACUCUCCAAUGGAGAACUUAACCCAUUGGUCUAUCAAUUGCCUCCCGUGUCUGUAGCUGAGUUCAGUGGACUGGAUCACUCCCGGAUCUCUCCCAAUCCUUCCGUGUCUCCCAAAUCCGAACACAUGGGCGCCUUUGAUGGAAGUGGACACACGGCUGAUACCUCUUCGUUCCUGGAUGGAUCCUCACAUUGGUGGACGACUUUGGCCGUCCACGAUCCCAUGUCCAACCAGUCAGACGCUUGAUAAUCCUCACCCAUCGUUCCAAAGUAUUUUCACCGUUUUUAAGUCCAACGCUUAACGAAUAACUCACAUUGAUCUCAUUAUUGUUUACCCAUUGCCAGUCACAAAUCCAGUCAAACUCAUCGCUGCUGUAUAAAAACUAUUGUUUGCUCUGCUUUUAUCUACCAGUUAUGUAUAGUCGUUUUGAAAGUA